AUGCUCAUUGCUCAAAUUGCUUCGCUAACGAAACAAAUGCAACAACAAAACAACAUUUCAGGUCAAGUGAUGCAACUACAACCCGCUCUUAUCAGUUGUGAGACAUGUGAAGGCCCUUAUCAUUUUCAGCAAUGUCCAGCAACGAGUUCUUAUUCGGUUGAUGAUAUCCCACUUAAACAGGUUCAAGCCAUUGGUAAUUUCCCAAGGACUAAGCAUGAGGGGCCUACAGUAGAAAACAAGGGAAAGAAGAUUGAAGAUCAACAUGUACCUAGUCUAGCACAAGAGGAGGUUAUUGAAGACCUUCCAAAGAAAGAGAAGCCAAAAUACACCGAGUCGAUACCAAAGAUUCCUUAUCCUCAGCGGUUCCGAAAGGAAAAUCUUGACAGGAAAUUCUCCAAAUUUCUUGAAAGAAAAAUUGAGGAUUAUGAAACCGUGGCUUUGACAGAAGAGUGUAGUGCAAUAAUUCAAAAGAAACUUCCUCAAAAGUUGAGAGAUCCAGGCAGUUUCACUAUACCGUGCACCAUUGAGAAUUUUCAUUGUGAGAGGGCUUUAUGUGAUCUAGGUGCAAGUAUUAAUCUAAUGCCACUGUCCGUAUUUAGAAGACUCGGUUUGGGGGAAGCUAGACCCAUUACGCUUACUCUACAACUGGCCAAUCGUUCAUUGACAUACCCCCGAGGUAUUAUUGAAGACGUUCUUGUCAAAGUGGAAAAAUUCAUCUUUCCCGCUGAUUUUAUUGUUCUUGAUAUGGAGGAAGAUGAAGAUGUUCCAAUUAUUUUGGGAAGACCAAUUUUAGCCACUGGUCAAGCCUUGAUAGAUGUUCAAAAAGGAGAGUUGAGGCUAAGAGUGCAGGGUGAUGAGGUUGUAUUUAAUGUAUUCAAGGCUUUGAAGUAUCCUAGAGCAAGUGAUAGUUGCUUUAGUGUGAAUGUAAUUGAGGAACAAUUGUGA